GCCAUUCCUCUCUCCCGUCCUUUCACCUCCCUUCUCCUCUUUCUCUUCUGCUGCUCCUCAGAGCUGGCUGUUCACACCAAACAGCUCUAAGCCAAAGAGUCUCCCUUCCCCUUCACACGAUCCAGCUUUAAGCCUGAACCUUCCCUUUGAAUACAAACACAUUGCUCCAAAAGGAAGUUAUUCCUCAGAUCCAAAGAUCGGUUGUUGAGUUUGGAGGAGAUUUCAGCAUGAGACUUUGAAACUGAACCAGACUGUACACGUGUUUAGUGUACACAAGAGGAAGUACGAAGCCCCAGCUGCAAGUGAAACAUGUGUGCGCCUUUUAUAAAAUGCAGCCUUUUCUCUAUUUUAAGUGGCUUUAUUGCAAAUUUUUAGUGUAAGUGCAGGUCAAGUUUCUGCAGUCCUGAGGAAGAUCUUAAGUUUCCGUCUGCAAUUAUGGCUCAAAGCCACCAACAGGACCUGCAGAGAAACCAAAGUGGUCUUCAGCAAAUCAGUGCCAGGAUCCAGGCCAGAACAAUGCUCGCCAAAAAGAGAGUGGAGAGCAUUAAGAAGAAUGACGUGAAGGGAUUCUUCAUCAGAAAUGCUUUUGUUAUUAUGACUGUGGCUGCUGUAAUCAUAGGCAUAAUCUUGGGAUUUGCCCUGCGCCCUUAUAAAAUGUCCUAUCGUGACAUGAAGUUCUUCUCUUUUCCUGGAGAGCUGCUGAUGAGAAUGCUCCAGAUGCUGGUUCUGCCUUUGCUUGUUUCCAGCCUCAUCACAGGUAUGGCCGCUCUGGACAGCCGUGCUUCUGGUAAAAUGGGUAUGAGAGCAGUGAUCUACUACACCACCACAACUGUCAUUGCUGUGUUCAUUGGUAUUGUUAUGGUACUCAUUAUCCACCCUGGAAAAGGAUCAAAAGCCGAAUUUGCCAAGAAGCCGCCGAUUGAGCAGGUCAACGCUGCGGAUGCCUUUCUGGACCUGAUCAGAAAUAUGUUUCCUCCUAAUCUUGUCGAAGCCUGUACAAAACAGUUCAAGACGCAGUAUGGCAAGAGAAUAGUCCAUGUGACAGUUACAGUGAACGACUCAAUAGUCACCGUUAAUGGAAGCCAACAGAUUACUCAAGAAGAAAUGAUCCCAAUCCCAGGAUCCGUGAAUGGAAUCAAUGCCCUGGGCUUGGUAAUGUUCUCCAUGUGCUUCGGUCUGAUUAUCGGGAAAAUGAAUGAACAGGGACAACCCCUAAGAGAUUUCUUUGACAGCCUCAAUGAAGCCAUCAUGAGGCUGGUUGCCAUAAUAAUGUGGUAUGCCCCUGUUGGCAUCCUGUUCCUUAUUGCUGGUAAGAUUGUGGAGAUGGAGGACAUUUCAGCCAUGGGUGGUCAACUGGGAAUGUAUACAGUGACAGUUAUCAGUGGCUUGCUUAUCCAUGCUGUCUUUGUCCUCCCAACACUUUAUUUCAUUGUCACUAGAAAGAACCCCUUUGGGUUCAUUGCUGGGCUGCUACAGGCUCUUAUAACUGCCCUUGGAACAUCUUCAAGGUAUGUGCUCGCACAGACGCUUACAUUCCCAAAAGAUCACCAUGAAAAGUCUCCAAAUGUAACAUUCAGCAUUUUGUUUGAGAAAAAGCUUUUUCAAAUCAAAGUUGUACCUGAAUAUUGUUAUUUUGGGUCAAAGAUAUUUAACUACUGGUUUAACCCUGGGUUUGUCUGUCUCAGUUCUGCCACAUUGCCCAUCACCUUUAAAUGUCUGGAGGAAAAUAACAAGGUGGACAAACGUGUGACACGUUUUGUGCUCCCUGUUGGUGCCACCAUAAACAUGGACGGUACAGCUUUAUAUGAAGCUCUGGCAGCCAUAUUUAUUGCUCAGGUCAACGACUACAGCCUAGACUUCGGACAAAUUCUCACUAUCAGUAUUACAGCCACAGCUGCCAGCAUCGGAGCAGCUGGAAUACCUCAAGCAGGACUGGUGACCAUGAUGAUAGUUCUGACGUCUGUAGGUUUGCCCACUGAUGACAUUUCGCUGAUCAUUGCUGUCGACUGGUUCCUAGACCGAUUGCGGACCACCACCAACGUGCUGGGAGACUCCAUCGGUGCAGGGAUAGUGGAGCACCUGUCUCGCCACGAGUUGCAAAAGAAGGACCCUGAACUCGGCAACUCUGUUGUAGUGGAGGAGGCAGACAAGAAGCCGUACAAGAUCAUCUGUCAAGAGAACGAGUGUGAGAGUGAGAGGCUCACAGAUAGUGAGAGCAAGAUGUAAAAAUAGGUUUAAUGCUCAUUCGUUUUUACAUAUGCAGUUGCAUUGCGAUGAACCAAAAUCUUGUUUUUAUUUUUACCAUCUCAGUUUGAGAUUUAGACACAUAAAAUCCAAAUCUGUUUUGAAUGAGGGAGUUUAACCUGUGUCCUGUUCCUAACACACAUUCUUUUUUUUUAAUAUGUACAUUUCCUGAGAUGUAUAAUUAUCAUAGAAUGGCAGCUGUUUACUCUUAUAAAUGAAUUACAAAGUCCAGUGGUCAGUAGCCUACAUUUCACAUCCAGCUUGUGCAAUUGUAAUAGCUAAUUUUGCCCACACGAGGCCAGUAUUGCUUUGACUUUAAACGUCACAGCGCAUGUCAGCUCAUGGGAACCUUUUUUAUACUGUUUGUUCUUUUUUCUGGCUUAAAGUUCUUUCUUUCUUUCUAAAACAAGUUUUAAAUAGGAAAAAUUAAGUUUAACUACCGGUAUUUGCAAAUCCAAUUGGAUUUUGUAAAUUGAACACACAAGCAACUGGUUGACCAAUGCUGAGAAGAAGUGCCUAUUCUAAAGGAUUAUUCCAUUAUUUGUGGCUGCAAUAUCUGCAGAUUAAAGGACAGAUAUUAUUUAAUUUCUUCAGUCGCAGUUCAAGUUUUUUCCCUUAAAUGUGUCUGGUUGUUGCUGGGAAAACAAAAAUCACAGAAUAUUUUGUUGCAAAUUUGUUUUUAAAUAUAAUGUAACACCGAAACACCAAAAGUACUUUGCCAAAUAUUUAAAUACUGUUUUCCUAGGAACAAAAUUCUACUUAUUUAAAAAAAAAAAGAUAACAAGCCAUUUGGAAAAAAAACCAAAAACAUUAAUGGAUAGACAGAUUUCUCCAAGAUUUAAAAAGUAAUGAGUGUCAAUUACCCUUGAGCAUGUGACUGUCAGCCCUGAGAUAAUCCUCUAACAUACGAAAUAAAAUAUUUGUAGUGUAAACAUUUAUUUCUAAUUCAAAUUUACAUUUUUAAUAAAUUUAGAGUUGAAACUUGUUUUUGAACAAUUAGAGCUGAGGGUUAAUUAAAAUAAAAAUCUUUAUGCUUUUGAUAAAAAUCUGACUAAAACAUGUUAGAAUGUAAUUAUUGCCUAUUUAGUUGACAAUGUACCUUCACCCUUUAGCUCAUUAAUGUGAAAAUAGUGCCUUGAAAAUAAUAAUGAAAUUGCUUUUGACUUUAAUAUAUAAAAGCAAAUAUAUUACAACAAUUUUCUCUAAUGGGGCUAAAUACAUUUUUCACUAUUACAUUUUUAACAUGUGUUUUUUUCCAUCUCAUUUAAAAAAAAUGUUUGUUUUUGUAACUGUAUAGAUGGUUCAUUCAAACCUGUAGAACUUAUAUAGAGAGAUGUAGAUCAAUUCAAAAAUGAUUGUAGAAUAAAGGUAAAACAUUUUACAUAAACGUUGCAUAGUUUAAGAUGUGAUUGCUUUUCUAUUAUGUAAUGAUAAAACUAAUCUUUAUAAAUGUGAAAACAGUCUGAUUGAUGGGACCAAAUCUUCUUUAGCUAGAAAUUAAACAUUUGUGUUCUCACCUGUUGGACCUCCUCCUCCUACACACACACACACACACACACAUGCACACAGACACAUCUUCAUUGUGUGGAUCUAGUGAAAUGACCAAAACACAGUAAACUACUAAUAUUGGUGUUCCAUCGAAUGUGAGUACACACCAGAGAGAAAGAGAAGUGUGCACACAGAAAAAUGAAAAAAACAAAAAUGCAUGUACAUAAAUUUAUCUUGCAUGUAUGUUUUUUAAUAAAAGUGGUGAAACAA